AUGGAGAAGCGAGAAUCAGCUUCGGAGUCUCCUGCUGCAGAAGAGCCGUCAGCAGCAGCAACAGCAACAGCAGCAGCAGCAACAACAACAGCAGCAGGAGGAGCAGGAGCAGCAGCAGCAGGAGCUGCAGCUGGCGAGGAAUGGGCAGAUUUAUUUCUUCUUCCUCCUCUUAACUUGGAGGAUGUGCUGCAGCAGCAGCAGCUAAAUUUUGAGUCCCUAGACUACACCAGCAGCAGCAGCAUCAGCAGCAGCAGCAGCAGCAAGGAGAAUAAGGUGUAUAUACUCGUCAAUCUUGAGUUAGAUCGUCCCCGUCAAGGGUUUAUGCUGCAGCAGCAAGAUGGGUCUCCUUCUCCUGUUUCUGAAUCUCCAACAGGACAGCAGCAGCUGCUGCUGCAGCAGCAGCUGCAGCAGCAGCAGCAGCAGCAAGAUGAAGGAAAAGAGCCUCCCCGUGGCUGUUUAUAUAAGCUAGAGGAUCUGUAUGUUUGUGAGCCCUGCAAGAAAGUUCUAUCGCCCCUCCAGGUGAUAGAGGAGGUAGAGUGUUAUGUAUGCCCUGGUUGUUUAGAGCUGCUGCCUCCUGCUGGUGGGGCUGCAUGCGGCUUCCGCUGCAGCAAAUGUUUUAUUUGUCCUCGUUGCUCUAAUGGUCUCUCUUUAUCAAGAAAAAGGAAAGAGGAUCUACUUAAGGGAUCGGGAUCGGGAUCGGGAGACGAUCCCACAACGGGAUCGGGAUCGGGUGACGAUACCACUACGGGAUCGGGAUCGGGAGACGAUCCCAAGGAGGCGUUGCCGUUUAUGUAUAAUGAUGAUCGUGAUGAGGACAUAGCAGCAGUUGUUGCUCGUCAUGCAGCAGCAGCAGCAGAAGCAGAGGAAGCAGCAGCAGCAGCAGCAGCAUCGAAUUAUGAGUCUAUAUUGGAUCCUAUAGCAGCAGCAAAAAGAGCAGAAGCAGCAGCAGAAGCAGCAGCAGCAGCAGCACGUAAGGCCGUUAUAGCUGUAUGCCAAGGAGACAAUCAGGAGAUGCAGAGACACCUCAUGGAGACAGGCGGAUUUGCUGUCCGUGGGGCCCCACAGCGUUGCGACAGUUUGCUGUCUGUAGCUAGUCUUGAUGGUGGUGUAGAGGAGGAGACAGCAGCAGCAGCAGCAGCAGCUGCUGCUGCUGCAGCUGCUGGUGGUGAUGGUGCAAACAGUGAUGAUGAUAGUGAUGAUGCAGGUGCAGCACAAAGAGAAGCUGCAGCAGCAGCAGCAGCAGCAGCAGCAUCAGCAGCAGCAGCAGGAUCGUGCUGCAGCGGCAAACAUAUAUAUUAUUAUUGCUGCAGCUACUGCAGCUGGAGCUCAGAGACAGCAGGUGUCUCCUCUUUUCUUCCUGCUGCUCUUCCUGUCUAUGCUGCACAAGGAGACAGACCUACUGUCUCUGAAUAUAUAUUUAAUGAAUUAUUAUCUUUGCUGCAGCAGAAUGCAUGCGAUAGGGAGAGGAGGAGACAGCUGCAGCAAACAGUUAAGAGUAGGGCUGUUGCUGCUCUUAUUGCUGCAGCAGCAAAUGCAGAGCCUCGUGGUAGUAGUGCUGCUGCUGCUGCUGCAGCAGCAGCAAGACGUUUAUCCCCAUUAGCCGGACUAACAUCAACAACAGGAGCAGCAGCAGCAGCAGGGGAACAUUGGGGACUAAAGGAAGCAGAAGCAGCAGCAGCAGCAAAAGAGAGACACAUAAAGACACUAGAUAUAUGGGCAUAUAGGCGUCCCUCUUCUUGGCUAUUUGCUGCACCUAAGGUGUCUCUUGCUGCUGUCUCCUCAGGGCAGCACUUAUGCUGCAGCAUAAAGGACACAUUAGCAGCAGCAGCAGCAACAGCAAAUACAAGAAGAAAAGAAGAAGCUGCAGCAACAGCAGCAGCAGCGGGAGCAACACAUCAUGACCAGGAUGACCCAGAAACACAAGCAGCAGCAGAAGAAGCAGCAGCAGCAGCAGCAGGAGACAGCAGCAGCAGAUCCUUAUCUUCUUUAUCUCUUGUCUCCUCUUAUGAGUACCUGUCUCCUUCUUUCUCCCAGCCCCUGCAUGCAGAGCAGCUGCUGCUGGAUAAGGGACACCCUGAUGUGUCUCCUGUGUAUUCAUGUACAAGAGUAAUAGCAGCAGCAAGACGUAUAUGCAUGCAAGAACGUGUGGGGCUGCAGCAGCUGCUGCAGUGUCCAGAAGCAUUUGCUGCUGCUGCUGCAGGCACACCAUUCCUCCCCCUACGCAGACGUGUGCUGCUGCAGCGCCGCAGCAAGCGCUGCAGCAGCUGCAGCAGAUUCCUUAUUAAGGCUAAUCUUGCAUUAGAGGGACUGUCUCCUUUCCGUAUAAAUAAGGCAGCAAACCUGUCUCUUCCUUAUAUGGAGUGCUGCGUAUGCUGCAGCAGCAGCAGCAGCAACAGCAGCAGCAGCAGCAGCAGCAGCAUGGGGUGUCUCCUUGAGGGACAAAAGUGUCUCCUCUUCUUCCUCUUUACGAGCUCAGCAGACACCCCAAUAUCUCUUCGUCUUAAAUCAGCAACAGGACCAGCACAGCGGCGUGCCCUGCUGCAGCAGCAGCAGCAACAGCAGCAAGAGCAGCAGCAGCAGCAGCAGCAGCAGCAGCAGCAGGGGCGUUGGUGGACAAUAGAUUGGGGAGGUGAGGUGUCUGUACAGCUUGCUGCUUAUGAUGAAUUAUUAGAGGAGAUAGGAGGGAAUGGGGAUACAGGAGAGGAGACACUUAAUUCUUUAUUAAAUAAAAAGGAGACAGGAGACACUUUGCUGCUGCAGCAUAAUAAUGCUGCUCUGCUGCAGCUUGAGGUGUACGUACACCCCAAUACUGCUGGCAGCAGAGGUGUACUACCAUUAGCAUUAGAUGUCUCCUUUGGUAAUACAGCAACAGAUACAACAACAGCAACAGCAGCAGCAGCAGCAACUGCAGCAGCAGAGCAGCAGCUCCAGCUGCUGCUGCUUGCUACUCUGGGUACUAUACAAAAAGAAACAAAAGGAGACAAAUAA